CAUAAAGUAAUCUGACAUUUAAAUAUUCCGAUCUUUUUGUACCUUACAGAAUAAACAAAAAAAGAAGAACCCAAACUUUUGCGUAAGUUCCAAACACUCCUUCACUUUUUAUUUUUCCUUUUCUUUCCCUUUAAUAAUCCAACGAUUCAAAACCCACUUUAACCUACCAUCCCUUGAUCUGAACCGUUAUAAACAUAAUGUUUUUUAUUUUUAUUUUUAUUUUAUUUAUCACAUUUCUUUUAUAUGCCUUCUUGUCUUCUUUAUGCUCAUUCUUUUUCUUGAUUGAUGUAUCUUACGUUUUCACAUUCCACAACCUCCCUCCCUCCCUCCCUCCUCUUCUCUUCCACCCUAUCCUCUCUCGAGCCGCCAUUGUUGCUCUUUCUUGCUAAUGGUAAUGUGAUAUCAAUUUCUACUGUUAGUGUUAUAAUUUUAUGUAAAAUUACUAGAUAAUGUUAUUGAAUGCCACACAGGAAGAAAUGUUGAUACCACCAUGGCUAGAAUCAUUACUCUCGACUUCAUUCUUCACCAUUUGCCCUAGACAUCAGGAUUCAGCACGUAGCGAAUGUAAUAUGUUUUGCCUUGAUUGCAAGAACGGUGCCUUUUGCUUCUGUUGUCGAUCAUCCAAACAUAAAGAACAUUCAGUUCUUCAAAUCAGGAGAUCAUCAUACCAUGAUGUUGUUAGGGUUGCUGAGAUUCAGAAUGUUUUGGAUAUAAGCGGAGUUCAGACUUACGUUAUAAACAGUGCCAGAAUUCUUUUUCUAAAUGAAAGACCACAGCCUAAGACUAGUACAAGCAAAGGAGUUUCUUCUCAUUUAUGUGAAAUUUGUGGAAGAAGUCUUUUAGAUCCAUUUCGUUUCUGUUCUCUUGGUUGUAAGAUAGUAGGAAUAAAGAAAAAUAGGGAUGCCCACUUUAACUUGAGCACAAAGAAGGAAGAAAUAGAGCAAAGAAGGGAAGGAAUUAUGGGAAGAAGAUUGGCAUCAAAGGAAGAAGAAGAAGAAGAAGAAUUGCGUGUAGGAAGCCAACAAGAAAUGUAUAGAAGCACUCCUCUUCCUCCACCACCUCAUAAUUCCAAUUCAAGAAGAAGAAAAGGCAUCCCUCAUAGAGCACCCUUAGGGUCCUAAUUAUUAGUUAAUUAAAUACUAAUUCAAUGAUUAAGCUCCCCCCCUUUAAAACUUUGUAUAUCCAGCUCAUUCCUCACAAGCUAUCACAUGGGGAGCGAGAGGGGAUGAUGUGCUAAACAAAGAGUGUAAUUAAGGCUGUGUGUUAAAAGGGUUUUAAACAAAAUUAAGAAGGAAAUAUAGGAGUAGGUUACAUUAAUUUAUUUAAUUUGUAUAAUACAAUUCAGGGAUCGGGGAGAUUAAAAAUUAAUAAUGAUAGCAUUUAUGUUUGGAGACAUAUGGAAAGGUGAAAUUGUUAUCUAUAUAUACAUAUGAACGGUUCCUAUAUAAAGAAAGCAACAGCUCAGCUUUUUUAAUUGCUUAGGUUUCAUGAAAUGUGCAAUUACAGAUUAUAUUAGAUGCAAUUAUGUAGAUGCCACAUGGAAAGAAAAUUGUUUUCCUUAACAAUUAUGUCAUGAUUUCCUACAAAAAAGUAAUCUUUGUUUUGGCCUUUGGUUGCUCCUCUCUGCCACAGAGAAUGAUGGGUCUUUGUUUUAC